CUUCUGCAGUCGUGGAAGUAGUUUCGGCGAGAGUGGUUGGUUUGAAUUCACGCGUGUUCGAUACUGAUCUUCCCUGCUUGGAUCUUCAGCGGGCGCGUUUCAGAUCAUCGCAGUAGUCUGUUUCUGUGUAGUGCUUCAGCUUCAAUAACAUUCAGGUUUUUAAUUGCUUUUCGUUGUGGUUAUUGUACGCUACGUUGCUGAAUAUAAACAAGGCUCAACAUGUGGUCUCUGCUGAGCCUAGUCCUAGUGCUCAGCCUACUGAUUAGUCCUUCCAUCACACUGCCAAAUGGUGCCCCGGAGAGUGUAUGCAAUACGAUGCUUCCGUUUCACGGUGGUGGCAUCCCUCCACUGACGACCACUUCGCCCUUCCGGAUAACACCGGUGACAUCGGUUGUCGGUGGCGGCCAGGUGCUAAAUAUCGACAUCGAAUCAUUCCCAGGAAAUGUUGUGUUCAAGGGUUUCAUGCUGCAAGCCCGCAACCGAUUCCCACCGAAUCAGGUCGUCGGUCAUUUCGAGCUGACUGAUGAGAGUGCCAUUAAGUUGAUCAACUGUGGCGGAGAGAGUACAACUGCUACCCACACCAAUACUCAACCAAAGAAGGACCUCACGUUGGAGUGGAUCGCUCCUACCGACUUCAAGGGAGAAAUUGUGUUCAAUGGAACGAUCGCGCAAGACUACGAUAAGUUCUGGGUUGGCCUGGAGUCCACGCCGGUUAAAGUAGUUGAAAGCGGACAGAGUCCAACGUCAGUGGUAGGAAUAUCUACCACAAGAAGGCCACCGUCGACUACCAUGGCACCGUCGUACCUUGCGCCCACUAGUGCUAGGGUCGAAACUGUGGAUCCCAUUUACGAAGGAUGUGGAACUAACAAAGGAUGCUUCGGAUUCCCCGAUGGAUGCAUUGAAACCCGUAAUUGCCGUGCCGUGGUUGCUACUAUAGUUCUGGGUGAACGCUACAUUUUUGAAAUGAAAUCUGGCUAUAAUCGACCAGCGUACAUUGCUGUCGGCCUAUCGAAUGAUGCCAGGAUGGGUGACGAUUCGGUCAUUGAGUGCGUUCCAGAACAAGGCACAGUUAAGGCUUACGCCUCGUGGACAUUUGCUGGCCCGUAUGGCGUUUCUCGGCAGGGAAUUGCUCAAAACUUCAUUCAACUUAAACGUUCGUCCUUUGAGGAUGGUGUGAUCUACUGCCAGGUUGAGCGUGAUGCCAUGACCACUGUGAAAGGACAGAGGUUUGAUUUGAUCAACGGAAAAUACCACCUGUUGCUGGCAACUGGAAGCUCUGCUGACUCAACUCAUGUGUCCUAUCACGACAUUGGUCGCCAUGUGUCGGGUGUUCCACUAGCUCUGGCUGAAGUUGGUCCAGUAAAGGGAACUUCGAAACUUCUGCUGCGAUUACACGGAGCGUUCAUGUUGACUGCUUGGAUCGGAACAGCCUCGCUUGGAAUUUUAUUGGCUAGAUAUUUCCGCCAGACCUGGGUAGGCAGUCAACUUUGCGGAAAGGAUCAGUGGUUUGCAUGGCACAGAUUCUUGAUGGUUCUCACCUGGGUGCUGACAAUGGCUGGUUUCGUCAUAAUCUUCGUUGAAAUCGGAGGUUGGUCGCAGGCGCAAAAUCCUCACGCUAUUCUUGGCACAGUUACCACAGUUCUGUGCUUCCUGCAGCCAAUCGGUGCUUACUUCCGACCCCAUCCCGGUACCAAGCGGAGACCGCUGUUCAACUGGCUCCACUGGCUGGGAGGCAAUGUGGCUCACAUUGUCGGAAUUGUUGCCAUAUUCUUUGCGGUUAAGCUGCAGAAGGCAGAGCUGCCAGAGUGGCUGGAUUUCAUUCUGGUUGCGUUCGUGGCGUUCCACGUGUUUAUGCAUUUGAUCUUCUCCGUUCUCUCUUGGAUGCAGAUCGGUGGAUGCGUCAGCGAACGACGUAACGCCCAGCGUGUGACCUCCUUCCCGAUGGCAGAUAUGACUCCAUCCCGAACAUCGAUGAGCUCGGGAGAUCGCAAACAGGACGCGGCCUUCUCCGGCUUCCGCAAGGUGAUGCUAUUCUUCUAUAUUCUCAUCAUAGCGGCGUUCGUGAUCGCACUGGUGGUCAUUGCCGUGCUGGCCCCGAUUGAGGACGCCGUCGAGAGUAUUAAGAAACAGAUUAUGAACUGAGGAGUAUUAUUGCAAACGUGCUAGGUUUAGUACCACAGAUUGUCACUGGAUUCGAUUUUGUUUCAACCCGGAUAUUGUUACAUUGUAUUUAGUAGACAAGCUUUACGCUUGUUCCGGAAAGCUCCGCUUGUACAUUCUUACUAAUUCUUAUUCAGCAUUCUCGUGUAGAUAGGUGUGUAUAGAUGAGUUAUAUUGUAUCGAAUGUCAGAACCAUUCCAGCGACAGAUUAACACAUGUUGCGAGUUAAAAACAACGUUUAAUGUGUCGCAUAAUCCCUAUUGUAUAGUAUGAAAGUUUAUGUUAAGCAAAGUUUAGAGUAUGAAUAACAGUGUGUCAUCUUGUACAAGCUGAUGUAUUUCGUUGCUCCUGGAAAGCCUGGAACUUAUUUAUUCACAAGCAAGGUGAGACAUUACUGACCCCUUUUGAUAUAGAUAUUUUUUGUAUCAAUUUAUAUGUUUUAAAAUAUUUUUGUAUGUCAGUGAAACCCAGCCAGACUACCUUACUGAUUAAUCAAAGAACAAGUUGUAUGUCCGUAUAUACUAUUCCAUCAGUCGGAGGAAACUGUGUACACGAUGAAGAUAGUAAAAAUAAACGUUGCCAUCCAGAU